AUGUUUAUUGUUCAUUUGUGCUUCCAAAGGUGACGUUUUCUCUCCUUAUGAAUGGACAUUGUUUAAAAACACACACAAUAAGAGACAAACUAAAUACAGUUUUGUGGUUUAUUGGCAUUUUUUUUAUUUUAUUUUAUUUGCUGCUAGCUAGCUAGCCUGCUGGCGAGGAGAAUGGCGCCUGUCCGCGUGUUGUGUGUGCAUGGCUACCGGCAGAGUGCUGCUUCUUUUCGGGAGAAGACCGGAGCUCUUAGGAAGCUGCUGAAGAAACAAGUGGAGCUGGUGUACGUGGACGCCCCUCAUUGUGUAGUACAAGUCCAAGAGAACCAUGUUGGUUCCAAUGCAGGCGGAGACCAGGACUCCAGGGGCUGGUGGUUCUCGGACCCAGAGUCCGGAACCUUCAGCGCCCAGCAGCAGUGCGAGGAAAGUUCCGGUCUGGAGGAGAGCGUGGCGGCCGUGAGAGAGGCCGUGAAGCUCCGAGGUCCGUUUGACGGCAUCCUGGGCUUCAGCCAAGGCGCCGCCCUGGUGGCCAUACUGUGCGCUCUGCAGGAACAACACGCCGAGCCAGACUUCGGCUUUCGCUUCGCCAUUCUGGUGGCCGCCUUCCGCAGCGCCUGCGCCGAGCACCAGAGGUUUUACUCGGCCCCGGUCCGCAUGCCCUCGCUGCACGUCUUCGGACUGGAGGACCGCGUCAUCCCUGACAGCAUGAGCAGGGAGCUCCUCCCCUGCUUCCUGGACCCCCAAGUCCUGACGCACCCUGGCGGACAUUUUGUCCCGGCCGCUUCUGCUCACCGGAAAACCUACCAGGACUUUUUGGAAGCAUUCCGCCUAGAGACAAGUUUGUAGGAAGACCACAGACGCCUUAUUGUGAAACAAUAAAUGAUCACUUCCUGUC